AUGCCUCAAGAAAUGGAAAAGAUAAAUUAUUGUUCGGCAGGCCAUUCUUCUGAGGAUUUCGUUUAUUCCGAUUGCAAAAAUUCCAUUCUUUCAAUUGGAGAAUGCUCGUUGUGUACUAAAGAACAUUUUAUCCAAGAAUUUAAAACUUGGUCUAGUGGGAACGCUAACAUUGAUAAAAUAUUACAAGAAUCUCAAGCAAAUAACGAUUACUAUAAAUUACAAUAUUUAUCUUAUGAUAAUUUUCAAAAUAUCGAACACAUAGCAGAUGGUGUUCAUGGAUCUGUGUAUUCUGCUGAAUUAGAAAAUGGAAUAAAAAGGAAAUGGAAUUUUAUCAAACAAGAUUGGGAUUGUGUUUUAAUAGGUCAAAAAGUUGCUUUGAAAGAAAUAAAAGAUUCUAGAUAUAAUGUAACUAAAUUUCUUAAAGUGGUAAAGACUGUUCAAGAAAAUUAUUCCUUUACCAAAUAUUAUGGAAUUUCAAAAAAUCCCUCUACACAAAACUACAUUAUUAUUAUGAAUUUAUAUGAUGAUGACUUACAUAAUUUUUUAAUAAGAAAUUUUUGGGAUUUAGGGUGGGAAUUAAAGUUAGACAUAUUAAAAUCAAUAGCAUGGCUUCUUAUAAUUUUAAAUGGUAAAGAUUUUAUUAAUUAUGACCUUCAUAGUGGAAAAAUUUUUGUAAAAACCUUAAAAAUCUUCGACUCUGACUUAAGAGUAGAUUUAGGUUUAAGUAGAUUAAACUCUAACAACAAAAAUAACCAAAUUUAUGGAUCAAUUCCAUAUAUUCCACCUGAGGAGUUAAGGAAAAUUAAAUCUACAAAUGAGAGAAAUAAUCGCAAUAUUUAUAAAUGGUAUUUAGACUUGAUGUAUCGAUGUUGGAGUGAUGAUCCUUCUGAACGUCCUACUGCUGUUGAAUUAUCUGAUUUAUUUUUCGAUAUAUCAGAAAAACUUUUUGAUAAUAUAGUAGAUAAUGAUGUCAUGCGACAACUUAAAAUUGCUGAUGAAAAUCAAAAAAAUACAUCAAAAUCUCAAAAGCAAGAAUUAUUUGAAUUAUUUUCACAUUCAAGUAAGUUGCAUCCUCAAUCAUCUUAUAUUGGCCGAUAUAUUCAUACUCUUCAUGGAUUGCAUGAUUUAUUGGAAGAAAUAAAAUCUGGAAAUUUAUCAGUCCAAUGA